AUGGGAUUUGCAGACAUUUAUGUAGAUAUGAUAUGGAGGAUUAUUGCUAAUAAUUGGUAUCCUAUUCUUUUCAAUGGGAAAUCUCAUGGUUUCUUUCAUUCAGCAAGAGGGGUCAAGCUGGGGGAUCCUUUAUCUCCAGCUCUAAUUAUUUUAUCUGCUAAAGUGUUGUCUGCUGCUUUUAAUGCCUUAUUUGAAAAAGAUAGCUUUAGAGAGGACACUAUAAUAUUUGCUUCUGCAGAUAAGGUGUCAUCACAGGUGAUUAUGAAGAUUCUGAAGGAGUAUGAGGGGUUUUCUGGUGGUUGGGGUGUUGAGUCAAGAAGUACAGCAAAUUACAGGUUUUUGCAGAGUGGAGUUUCAAUCACAUAUUUGGGAUGUCCCAUAUUCCAUGCAAGAAUGCAAAAAUUAUUCUAUAAAGAGCUGAUGAAGAAGGUGAGGGACGAACUGCAAGUUUGGAAAGGUAAAUUACUUUUUGCUGGAGGAAAAGCAGUAUUAACCUCCAGUGUGUUACAAAGUAUUCCUAUCUACUUGUUGUCAAUUAUGGUGCCUCCAAAAUGUGUCAUACAAGAUCUGUAUAAGCUAUUUAACAGAUUCUUUUGGCAAACAAAAGAGGAAGGCAGAGGUAAACACUGGUCUGCAUGGGAAAAGAUUUGUAAUCCUAAAAAUGAGGGAGGUUUGGGGUUCAGAUCUUUAUAUGACAUUUCAAAAGCUUUGUUUCCUAAGGUUGGUCGAAAUUUUGGACCAUUGGUGUUGGUGCUGCUUAGACCAAAAAGAAACUAUGGAUCAUGUGUUUGUUACAGAACCAUUUGCAAGAAGUAUAUGGAGGUAUUUUUCAGCUGCAGUAGGUAUUGUAGGAACUUAUCAGCAGACAAAGCAGACAAUGUUACUAUGGUGGAAUGCAAAGUGUAUCACAAGGCUGAAGCCUGUUUAUCAGGCAAUCCCAGUCAUCAUCAUAUGGCAAUUGUGGAAGAGUAG